AUGACCAACCCAGUGCCUCAGUUUCCCCGGGCGCAGGAGCUGGGCUCCACCUCACCGCUGGACCUGCCUGAGAUGGAGAAGCUCCUCACCAAAGUGGAAGAUAAAGGUGACAAAGCCCUGAAUCUGUCCAAGUCCCUGUCUGGGGCUUUGGACCUGGAGCAGAAUGGCCACAGCCUGCCCUUCAAGGUGAUCUCUGAGCGGCACCGGGAUGCCUCCCUCUCUGGCUCUCCUUCCCGGGCCAGCUCACGGCGGGCAUCCUCCAUCAUCACUACUUCCUAUGCCCAGGACCAGGAAGUCCCCAAUGACUACCUCGUUCUUGCCAUCGCCUCUUGCUUCUGCCCCGUCUGGCCCCUCAACCUCAUCCCCCUCAUCUUUUCAAUCAUGUCUCGAAGCAGCGUGCAACAGGGGGACCUGGAUGGGGCCCGGAGACUGGGCCGCCUGGCCCGACUGCUCAGCAUUACCUUCAUCAUUCUGGGGAUCGUCAUCAUCAUUGUGGCGGUCACUGUGAACUUUGCAGGCAUUUUGAGCACCCCUGGGGUCUGCAUUAAGAUAAAAUGCCACUUGGGCAAUGCUACCAGCAACGUUCAGGUGGAGGGCACCUUCUACACAUGCACCAUCAGCAGUGACGUUCUGCUGCCCAACUUGGUGGCCUGA